UCACACCAUGGAAGAGUAUAGCGUGGAUCCACCGGAUGGUGGGUAUGGCUGGGUGGUGGUCAUCUCCGCCUUCUUCUCCAUGGGUCUUACCACCGGCAUCCUGAGGAACUUUGGCCUGUUCUUCCUGGACAUUCAAAACUAUUAUGGUGUCCUCACUGGCACUCUGUCAUGGGUCACCUCCACCAGCAUUGCUAUGUUUCAUUUGGGAGCUCCACUGGCUGGAGCUCUCAGUGUCUACUUCACGCAGCGUGGUGUUAUUAUGAUCGGUGCAGUUCUGGCUGCCUCAGGGAUGAUCAUUGCCUCUUUGAGUCUGAGCCUGCCAUGGAUGUAUCUGUCUCUUGGAGUUCUGCAAGGGCUCGGAUGUGCCUUCUGCUGGAUGCCAGCUAACAGCAUGGUCAGCAGGUACUUUAAACGCUGGCGUCCAGUAGCCUUUUCCAUCUCCAGCUCAGGAGAGUGCGUCUUCUCUAUGGCCUUUGGUCCUUUUUUUCAGUGGCUCAUUGAGGCCUACUCAUGGCGAGGAGCUCUGCUCAUCAUUGGAGGUCUUCAGCUCAACCUCUGGGUGUGUGGUGCACUCAUGAGACCCCUUAAACCAAACCUGUGUUUCCCAACUCCAUCCCAAGAAAUGCCUACAGGGGGCUCCAAAGAGUUGAACCAAACAUCCAAGACGAUUCCUUACCGGUGGUCUCUAAUCCGUAGGCCCGAGCUACUGUUAUACAUUACUUUCGCAACUUUGGCCACAGCCGGCUUCUUCAUUCCCCCGCUGUUCCUCGUCCCACACGUUCGUCAUAUGAGUGUAGAGCAAUACUGGGCUGCUUCGCUCCUGUCCAUACUGUCCCUAAGUGACCUGCUGGGUAGGCUGGUGGUUGGAUGGUUGGCCAGUUUGAGACUGCUGAGAAAUCUCCAGGUGCUGGCCAUGGCAGCCACAAUGCUGGGUGUGGUGUUGCUACUACUCCCCCUUGGGCAGAACUACUGGGCCAUUGUGGUCUUCACUGCACUGUAUGGCUUCCUGUUUGGCAGCAUGGUAUCUGUCCAUAUCGUCAGCAUCGUGGACAUUGUGGGGCUGAAGGAUUUUGAUGGUGCCCUGGGACUUUUUAUGUUUGUGAGAAGCUCUGGAGUAUUAGUCGCGCUGCCUACUGCAGGCUGGCUGGUGGACAGGGUUGAUGACUUUAGUGCUGUUUUCUACCUGGCUGGUGUCUGCAUUACUCUGUCAGCUGUUUUCGUUGUGGUGGUUGACAGGAUGGUGGAGAAGAUGAAGAGGAAGAAGAGCAUGACUGCUGCAGGAAGCUUCCUGGAUCCCAGUGAAACUUGUCCAAUAAAUGUAAUGGACCACUCAGAAGCUUAAAGACAUUGUCCUCAAAGAAGGAUUGGCCAGGAUUUUGCAUUAGUUUGUGUUUUGUAAAGGCAGAAUGUGUGUAAUUUCUAAGAUGCAUUGUCACCAGGACCAGGAGAGGAUGACAUGUUGCAUUUGAAUCGCUUUUUUAAGAAAUUUGCAUU